AUGGACAGGGUGUCAAACCUCACCAAAUGGUUGGCUGAUAAGGAUGAUGGAAGAGGCCUGACACAGGAUGAAUGGAUCUCAGUGGAGGAGUUUAUACCUGGCAAAAUGGGCAGAUUUUGUCCUUGGUCGACUAAACACACAAAAGACAACGUGGACUCAAAGCACAUGCAGGCUUUCUCUCACUUUACCUACAAGUACACUGGAGGUGACAUGGUAGCUUGCGACUUUCAGGGUGUGUUCGACCCUGUGAGUUCCCGGUAUUCAUUCACUGAUUCAACUAUCCAUUCUGCUUAUAAACUGUACGGGUUGUUUGACCAGGGAGAACAUGGCAUUUCUGAAUUCUUCAAACUUCACAAAUGUAACGAAAUUUGCAGCGAUUGGCCCAGACCCACACCUCUGACACCGCCUCCAUCGUUUGAAGCGGCCUGCUCCCUGCAGAGAAAUUUGACUCCGGCUCGUGAGUUUGAAAACAUUAUCUUUCCUUCCCAUGGCAGAGAAACUGUAGAACCCGGUAUAACAUACAGUAACCAAGAGAAUACACGACAUAGGAUUACUGAUGAGCGGAGAAGACAUCGAAGUGAGCACCACCAAAGACAGAUGCCAACAGGAGCUUCAUGGUUUGGAAAUAGCGUAGAUCUGUACCACUCUGAAAGGCGUUUUAAUAGAAACAAGGACCCGGUUUUUGGAAGUAACAGUGCAAUAGGUGAAGAUGUGCAUGAACUGCCUACCUAUGAAAAUACUGCAGUAUUGCGUGGAGUAGCCGGUGAGCCACCGCCAUAUGAAAGCCUGGUAACUCCAGGAGAUAAGAGAAAACAGUUGAAGUCCGGAAGCUUGUCACCAUCUGAAGCAGUGAAUAGAAGCUUAAACCCAGUAAGCAACUUCAGUGGUGACAGCAGCAGAGAAAAUAAUUUGUUCAGAUUUCGCAAACGAUCGGCGACAUGCCCUUUGUUGCAUGAAGAAUGUCAUUGCUCUUGUGUUGGUGAAACACCUUGGAUUUCGAACACGCAGCUAGCUAGCCAAUCAUAUUUAACACAGAGUGCGGUGCAUAACUACGAGGAGGCAUCUCCAGUUGUGCCUUCCGCUCCAUCUGAAGAAGUGUCACUAAUUUUGCCUUCGGCUCCACCUCAAGAAUUCAGUGACAUCAGAUAA